AUGGCUAGAUAUUAUUGUGAGUAUUGCCAUUCGUAUUUAACACAUGAUACAUUGAGUGUCCGGAAGUCUCAUUUAGUAGGUAAGAAUCAUUUACGUAUUGCAGCAGAUUACUAUCGCAAUCAAGCUCACAAUGAGACAAAGAGGAAAAUAUCAACAAGGUUACAGACAAAUCGCAAGUGUAAGAAACAAAAUUUAAAGGAGAAGGAUCAUUCCACUGUUAAGAUACAUUGUUCGACUAAGAAAGAAAAACGAAACCAAAGGAGAAUAUAUGCAGCUCAUAUAAAGGAACUGAAGGAUAGUAGUAACAGUAGUACGAUAUUAGCAAAGGAUCUUGCUUCAAUAUAUUAUGGAUCUCCUGGCUAUAGCAAAGUAUGGAUCGACAGUAAUAGGUUUGAUGUUGGAGAACUCGUUAAAGCCACAGGUUUACCGAGACGUGCUAAUAUAGAACAACAGACCCAUAGAGGUACUGAGCCCAUACUUCCUAGAGAUCACGUUUUCACUCGUAAUGAAACAAAGACAAGUGAGGGGUCUUCCUUUGUAUUGGCACCACCAAUGAUAUUAUCACAAUGGAACAAUACAUUACCAAAACAAACUAUGUAUAACGACAGUGGGAAUAUCAUGAAGACUACGUUGCAAACUGGCAAAAGACGUUUUCAAGAACAUACAACCUCAGAUUAUCAAUACAAGAGACCUAGAGUAUAA